AUCCAUUUAGUUUGUAACCAACAGUUAUUGAGAUCAAAUCAAAGCAAGGACGAACGCUUCCAAUGGAUACUUUCACAUCUUUCUUCGAUUCCCAAUCCUCUUUCGGAAAUCGCUGGAAUUAUGAUUCACUCAAGAAUUUGCAUCAGAUUUCUCCCGCUGUUCAAUCACAUCUCAAACAGGUCUAUCUCUCGCUAUGUUGCGCACUGGUUGCAUCAGCAGUUGGAGUUUAUCUUCAUAUUCUCUGGAAUAUAGGUGGAUUACUCACAACGUUUGGAUGCAUCGGCCUUAUGACUUGGCUACUUUUUACACCUGCUUAUCAAGAGCAAAAGAAGGUAUCACUUCUUAUGGCUGUAGCACUUCUUCAAGGAGCAACCAUCGGUCCUUUGAUUGAACUGGCCAUCGAAAUCGACUCGAGCAUUCUGGUGAGUGCUUUUGUAGGUUGUGCUCUGGCAUUUGGAUGUUUCUCAGCUGCUGCCAUGUUAGCUAGGCGUAGAGAGUACUUGUACCUCGGGGGUCUGGUUUCUUCUGGUUUGUCCAUCCUUUUCUGGCUGCAGAUUGCCUCUUCCAUUUUUGGUGGUUCAACGGCCCUUUUCAAAUUUGAGCUGUAUUUUGGGCUGUUGGUGUUUGUGGGGUACAUAGUUUUUGAUACCCAGGAUAUUAUUGAGAAGGCACACUUAGGUGAUGUUGACUAUGUCAACCAUGCUCUUACGCUGUUCACUGAUUUUGUUGGUGUGUUUGUCCGAGUUCUCAUCAUAAUGUUGAAGAAUGCAUCUGACAAGGAAGAGAAGAAGAAGAAGAAGAGAAACUGAUGGUUCUGGUUUUUGAUGAUUGAAGACUUUGGGAACCAACUCUUGUCCAUAGUCUUGUUCUCUUGGCCCUUCUCUGUUUGUUUUUUUAGAACUUGAAUUAGGUUACGACUUUUGCACGAUGAUAUAACUGUGUUUUCCGUACAUAUGAUAACCGUGUUUUCAGUACAUGUGGUAACUGCGUUUUCCGUAUACGCGGCAACUGCGUUUUCCAAAUAUGCCUCUUGGAAUUGACUUAUAAUACAAUGUUUGCAAUAUGUGAAGUUCUCUCUGUC